AUGAUCCGGGGACAGACUCUGGUCGUCAAACAUAACUAUGACAAAGCCAUGCAGCGAGAUGACGGAGUAAAAUACACAUAUGCUAUACCCCGGAUGGAUGGCACGGGUCCACAGCAAUCUUCCCGUAGUGUUUUGUUUUCAAAUAACCUGAACGAUUACGAAAUUCUCGGGCAUAAUGUCGGCGUGCGCCCGGCUAGAAGCGCGCCCGCGGGUAUUCGAUUGGAGAAGGAAACCAAAGACGGACAAGAGAUUGUGCAUGCUUACGCGCAUUCUGUGCUCGAGCUUGUUGAAGAUCUUCUUCUGCCCCAUUGGCCUUCUAAAAUAUGA